AAGUCGUUCACUCAAGGGACAAUUAAAGUCAUAACUGAAUUGCAAAAAUCAAACAAUGAAGACAAUCGCAAUCCUGUUGAUACUUGCGACUUUGUUAGUAUGGUUAGCAGUAAAAGCUGAGGAAAAUGGAAGAGGUACAUUUUAUGUUGUAAAUGUUAGGUUUUGGUCGUAUCAGGAACUGCUGCAGAUUUAUAUUAUUAAAGAAUUUUAGUAGUAGUACAAAUUCAAUCGACAAUUUUCUUUUUGAAAACUAUUGUUAUACAUUAAGCAUUACUAAACCUUCUUUUUAUCAUAGCAAAAAGAGCUCUUGCCAUUCUGGAGUUUGCUAGAAUGAUCAGAUGCACAACAGGGAGAAGUGCGUUCCUUUAUAAUGGCUAUGGUCGCUGGUGCGGCUUAGGAGGCAGUGGGACACCUGUGGAUGCGACAGAUUGGUAAGGGGGCCAAGGGGCCAAAAGGAAAACAGUUAUCUGUAUAUACUAAUAAUAAAUAAAUUGGAACGCGUUACUUUUGCUCGAUUUUCACUUCUUCGCUCAACCCGCGGGUUGUAAUGUUUUUAAUUAAUUAAUCUAUCUAUCUAUCUAUCUAUCUAUCUAUCUAUUUAUCUAUCUAUCUAUCUACGGCCAUUAAAAUGUAACUUACAUACAUACAUACAUACACACAUACGUCCGGGACGUAGUUUUAAUUGAUUCUGUAAAAAAAAGUGAUACUGGCUAACGGUUCUUUUUAAUAAUAUAAGUUGAGUUCGAGUGCUAUAAAUCAUUAACAUUAUAUCUUUAUAUCAUUAUUAUUAUAUGAUUCCCAAUUUUUCAACGAUACAUAACCAAAAGUGUGUAUUCCAUAAUUAGUCCUUACUGAUCAGGCCUACUUAUUAUAAUCAUGUUUAUUAGAGGUAAGCCGAAUACAGUGAUCGAAAAAUCACAAAUGGAACCUUUACUCCUUUUAGGCAUAUUAUUUAUAUUUAGUAUAAUUACAUAGGUGAUUAUUGAAAAUUCUCCACGCUGAUUGGUUGCCGUUGAGGUGAUUAUUACGCGAUAAUCACCUAAGCGAUUUUCAAAAUGGCGGCCGAAGCCUUUUUGUCAAUUAAAUGACGAAGAAAUGUGUAUUUUCUUAUUUUUUUCCAAAUAAUCACCACUGAAAUUAUACUAAAACAAUUAUUCACCUCAGGCUCGGUGAUUAUCGUGAAUAAAAACCUCGACUUCGUCUCGGUUUUUAUUCACCGAUAAUCACCUCGCCUUCGGCGAAUAAUUGUUAAAUAAUAAAAAUAAUAAUGGGCCUAGUGUUGAUCCCUGUGGCACUCAACAAGUUACCGACAAGUCUGUCAGAUUCCCCCACCACUGACAUAUAUUGUUCUUGAUUGGGCAAAUAACUUCUAUUAAACCAUGCCAGUGGAGUUCCACGAAUACCAUAUUUUCUUAAUUUAGGCAAUAGUAUUGUAUGGUUAAUAGUAUCAUGCAAAGGCUUUAGAAACGUCUAUAUGGCCGAGGGGUAAAUUACUCUGAAAAAAGCGUGCGAAGAUUUUUGGUAUUAAAAAAUCCCGGCAAUUUUUCUCUGGAUUCUGGGAUUUUUUCCCCGAAAUUUAAGGGAUUUUGGGAUUUUUUUCAGCUGAUUUUUUCGAAAUAUUUCCCCUUAUUUUUUUUCGCCGAACUUUUUCCGAAAUUUUUUUGCGACAUAUAAUCUGUCGAAUUAUUUUUAAAACGAAGUAAAUCAACGAAGGGACAUUUUCACGCCAAUUCACGAUUUAAAUGUUUAAAUUUGAUGGGAUUUCUCAAUAUUGCAAUAUUUUUGAGGAUUUUAUUGGGCUUUUUCUAAGUAUUUUAUGCAAUUUUUAGAGAUUCUUGGGAUUUUGGGAUUCUGGGAUUCAGUAAGAUUUUGGGAUUUUUGAUGUAGUGUACGAAGAUUUUCAGAGUAAUUUACCCCUCGUAUAUGGCAAUCCACAGAUGAUUUAUUUCAUCAAUUGCUGUGCAUGUUUAGAUUAUCAGAUUUAGAAACUUGUUCCGUGAAAUAGCCUUUUCCGGUAAACCGAAUUGAUAUUAUAUUCUUUAUGAAGGAACAGUUCUAUUGCAAAGGGUGAUAAUGUUGAGAUAGGUGUGAAGGUAUCAGGUCGCUGGUUGAUUCUUUACUAUAACCAGGUCUAAAGACUUUGAUCUUCACCGACAUUUUUAUGAACUGUUCGUUUUGGCUUUUAAUGCUUCUUAUUAAUAUCAUGUUUAUAUUACAGGUGCUGUCGUGACCACGACUAUUGCUAUCGAAAUCUAGUGUCCAGUAAAACCUGUACUAAAUUUCGACUUCGAUUUACAUCAUAUAAAAGAGAUCCAAAUGGUGCAUGUACUUCCUGCUGUGAGUUUACAAAUAUUUGUGUUUUUAGGGAGCGGUCAUUAAGUAAGUGUUAUCGGCAGGGAGGAGGGGCGGAGUCUAUUAUUAAAAAAUGUUUUUUAUACCCCUUCACAUUUUCUGGAAACGUUUUCAUAAUAACUUCCAUAGAAACACAGAUGAAGUAAUACAGUAUUUCGGAUACAUGUGUAACGGCUUGGGCAUUGUAUAACUGUGCAACAUUAACAAGUUGUCAAACUGAAUGUCAUGCUAUAUUCCAAUAGAAAAAAAUUAGUAAUAUCUAAUAAUUAGUAUAAUCUUAGGGCCUGUUCAUAUGGGCAAAAGUUAUCCCGGUUAGCGAGAAAACGUUUCGACAAGUUUACAAGCGAGAUCUCGCCUUGGUAUGAAAAUAAUAUGAAAAGUUACACUGCGGUCAACGCUUGUUGACAGGCGAGAUCUCGGUGACCGGGAUAAUGUUUUUCCCAUAUGAACACAACUUUCCCGCUUAGCGGGAUAACUUUCUGUCGUGUCAGCAACUUUUCAAUUCAAUUGAUGUUCAGUGCCACGUCACAGCCGAAAACUUUACCCGGUAAGCGGGAUAAAGUUUCUCCAUAUGAACAGAAGAAAAGUAUUUGGCUAGUCGAAAAGUUUUCUCGUUAACCGGGAUGACUUUUGCCCAUAUGAACAGGCCCUAAGUAAUACUUUUACAAAUACAAUGUAUAAAGCUAAUUUAGAUAACAGGCACCUGAAGUCAGAUCCUAAAUUUACAGUUGCGAAAAAGGAGCUACUGCUGGGAGUGCACUACUAGGGGAAUCUGGGAGCAUCUGCGCCAAAAAAACUUUGAAAAUCAAGAAAAAAAGGUCGUCGAGAUAAGAUUAGGGUUAAGGUUCAACAUGCGUCGCGAAUUUAUUGUAUUAAUAAAUUCGGUCGUGCUUAACAAUUUACUGCGCACAGUAAACUCAAAAGGACGAGCUCAUGCUGCAUAUGGGAACUCAAAAUCUCACCAUUUUCCAACCCUCGCUGUAAGUAAACAAAAAACAAGUUUGUGAAGUUUUUGUUAUGCUGCUGCUUGAAUAUAAUGUAUAACUAGUGGCCAUUUUGCCUAAAUGCACUGUACCCUUACAAUGUAUAUAUUGUGCUGUUGUAGCAUGUUAUUACCAAAAGGGGAAAAUUGGCUAUCAUGUGAUGUUAUAUGAUAGAGAGAUUUGAAGUGGAAUUUUUUGUUUGGUACCCCCUAUUUUCAUCACAAAAUCAUAAUUUGGUUUCAAAAAAAAACAUAAUUUGGUUUCAUACCUGACCAAAAUAGCCUCCGCCCCUCUUCCCACAAUACUUACUUUAUGACCGCUGCUAGCUAGCAUAAUAUAACAUUAUUCAUUGAAUUUUCUCCAUAUAGCGCUCAACCUCGUCCCCAGGCUUUUGGGAACGAGAUUGGGUGGCGCUAUAACUUUACAAGCUAUAGUUAAAUACUGAUCAAUCAAGCAGCAUUAAAGUGCUGAUAGUGCACCUUAAGGCUUCAUGUUAGACAUGCAGCAUCUUUAGGCCUUCGUUUCCGUCGAAUUUAUAGAUUAAAUUUACUGGUGUUGAAUUUGUAUUCGAGAGAAAUGUGAGGAACAGCAUGUUACGAGUGUCGUUGUGGAAGUAUUUGACUGCGGCUUCGUCGCAUUACUGACAGAAAUUGACAUAGGGCCCACAUAGCCACAUUGAAUUCGGGAGUUUAUAUUUGACGGGAAUUGAAUUAACAUCUAGAACGGGACUUUGGUUUACAUUGUUGUUUUUGUACUCUGAUUAAAUCACGCAACGGGACAGAUUGUUUUAAAAACUAUACAUUUCUACUUGAUUCAACUUUAUUUUCCUUGAUUUUAUGUUUUGUUUGUAAAUAAUUUUAAAUAAAACAUUUCAUUAAAAAUAAAGAUUAAACUCACUGAAUCAUAAAAUGUUUUCUAUAAUUGCAGCGUCUUCGAACUCUGGUUGUGGUGCGGGACUCUGUCGUUGUGAUCAGAUUGCAGCCAACUGCUUCAAAACUGCAUCAUUCAACAGAAAAUACGUAAAUUACAAAUCAAAGAACAGCGGGAAAUAGGUUUUCUUAUUAUGGGAAUUUUUGAGCUCCAAACUUUCCUGUUAUCAUUCAAACCUUUGGUCUGAGUAUAAUGUAAUCAAUGGCAUUCAAUAUUAAGUGGUUAAUGAUUAGCAUAAAUGUUAGCACUGAACAUAUGAUUUGAAAUAAAAUUCUUGUUAAUUAAACAUAUAAAAUAUGUUGACUCCGUCAGUAUAUUAUCUCCGU